GAAAAUUCGACACUGUUUUGUUUUAAAGGCGAAGUUUUGGCCUGGUUUUCUGGUGUGGCAGUGGCUCAGUGCGUGAAAGUCCAAAGAAUUUUUUCCUUAAAAAAACCUUAUCCCUCAUUAAAAUUUUCUCAAUAAUAUCUAAAUACUUAAAGUAAUUUGUAAUUUGUUAGGUAACGUCAAAGUGCAUAACAAAUUGAAAAACAAAUUAAAGAUGGAAUGUACCACAAGAUUCCAUAUUUUUCAUCAUAAUGAGGUUUAUUAGUAAACAUGUAGCUUUUGCUAUGUAGGUACAUAUUUGUAAUGCAAAAAGGUAUUUGAAGAAAAAAAAUCUAAAGUUAAAAAAGUCCCCCCCAAGAAGAAGAAUUAGGUCUUUCCCAUUAUAAUAUUGUUGGGAUCGAAUAAUGCGUUGUUCAGAAGACACAGUCUGAAAUUCCUGAAAUUUUAGUCUGAUUUUUGAGAAAAGAUACGUCUCUUGACCAAGUAAGGAGAAGGGAAAAGACAUUGGAAUCAAAGGCGUUUCGAUAUUGAGUACCGAGAGAAAUGAAUAGUGAAGAAAAUCGCUUACGAAGUUUCAGUGGUUGGCCAACGAACGCCCCCAUUGAUCCGGAACGCCUGGCUAGAGGAGGCUUCUAUGCUACGGGUAAUCUUCUAGAAACCGAAUGUCAUUGGUGUCGGAAAAGAAUAUCUGAUUGGCAAUAUGGAGACCAGAUUAUGGCAAGACAUCGAAGAUUGUUUCCACUUUGUAUGUUCAUAAUAAAUCCAGCUGAGUCUGGAAAUAUUCCUUUGAUCAAUGGGACAGCAACAAACGCAAAUGAUUCGGGAAACGUUAGCAGUGCACCUGAAGAAAUCGAUUUGAAGAAUGAAAUGCAUCGUUUGGCGACCUUCAAAAAUUGGCCUAAUCCAAACAUCUCACCGCAGUCCUUAGUUAAAGCUGGAUUUUACUAUCUUAAUCAAUCGGACCAAGUUAAAUGUGCCUGGUGCAAGGGAGUCAUUGCUAAAUGGGAAAAGAACGAUAACGCAUUCGAAGAGCAUCAAAGAUUCUUCCCAGACUGUCCUCGAGUUCAACUUGGUCCAUUGAUUGAAAUCGCUAGCGAUGGUAUUCGUGAUUUAGGAAUACAACAAAUUUUACCACCUAAAAAGGCAAAAUAUUCAAGUUUGGAUGCCCGAAUGCGUACCUAUGCCAAUUGGCCAAUUCCUGAUAUACAAAAACCUGAAGCACUAUCCCAAGCUGGUUUCUAUUAUCAAGAUAUUGAUGAUCAAGUUCGUUGUUUCCAUUGCAAUGGGGGUUUGCGUUCAUGGCAAAAGGAAGACGAUCCUUGGUUUGACCAUGCCAAAUGGUUUCCUAACUGUCAAUUUGUUAAAUUGGUUAUGAGUCCACAGUAUGUGACUCAAGUGCAGGAACUUGCUCGACAAAUGUCACAAAACAAUGUUUGUGAAACAUCACAGGAACCAAUAUUACCAGAGAGACCCAUGACUUUGGAUGAAGCAAUGUGUACGCAACCUGUCCUUCAGGCUCUCGAAAUGGGCUUGAAUGCUGCGUGUAUCCGUAAUGCUACUCAGAGACAAUUGGAGAGCUCUGGAAGACCUUAUGAAACCAAUGAAGAACUGGUGAAAGCUGUUCUUGGGGACCAAUUCGAUGAGGAUGACGAAGCGGAGGAUUAUAAUAAUCGCAUGACUCAGCAAUUGUCUCGUCUAAUAAAUUCUUUCUUCGGAGAAGUUAGAACAGAGACUCGUCCUGAUGCAACCAGUCAAGUGACUCCAUCAGUUGAAAGGGAACAAAGCAAUCACAUUCCACCUUCUUCAAGCUCUUCACUUUCGAUCAAUCAGCCUCCAUCUGCACCUGAGUGCAUCCCUUCCUCCUCACAUCAAGCUUCUGUUGAUGUAUCCGAAACUCUUAGACCUGCAGCACCUUCUAUCCCUGGUCCAAGUAAAUGGACCUCCGAGAACCAAUCGCAAUCAAAAUUAUCUGAAUCUAGUAACGAAAAGAAUCUUUCUUUGGAAGAGGAAAAUAGAAAACUUAAAGACGCUCGGCUCUGUAAAGUUUGCAUGGACGAAGAAGUUGGUGUGGUAUUUCUACCUUGUGGACAUCUUGUAACUUGUGUUCAGUGUGCUCCCGGAGUUAGCCAGUGUCCACUCUGCAGAACUGCGAUCAAAGGAUUUGUUCGAACUUUCUUAUCAUGAAGAAUUUUCAAUAUUAUUUCAUUUCAAGUAUAUUGUUAGGUAUUAUUAAGUUUGCUCUUCUAUUAUUUCUAACCGCAUGCUGUUAUUAAAAACAAAACAAAACAAAAAUAUCGAAAAACAAAACACAACCAAUCAAUAAAAUAUCUUCGAAUGGCUUUAAAAUGAAAUAGUAAUAUAUUAACUAUAAUGUUCCUACCUUUUUCUUCUCGAACAUGGUUUAUUGUAGAUUAUUUUUUAAUUGCAAGUAGGAUUUAUAUAAAAUUGUAAAUAUAAAAAAAAACGAAAAAAAAACAAAUUUAUUCUGUUGUUUAGUGGUUGUAAAUUUAUUAGCCUUCCAUACAUUUAUUUAUAUAUAUUUCCUUACUAAAAAUAAUAUAAAUAAUGUAUGUCUUUGCCUAUUAUAAAUUUUAUCUGUUCCACUAUGAUGUAUGUUGUGAUGCAUAAUAUUUAUUUAAAAACAAAGGUUUUUUCUUGUUUAUUUAAAGAAUAAAGGUAUAUGAAUGUCAUGCAAACACACAA